UAGGACUUUUCGAAUGCAUCGAGCCCAAGGAUUGUCGGAUUAAGUCAUAGCAGUCGAACCGGAAACAACUCGUAAAAUCACAGGCCUGUUCCUUCUCACAUUCCCAACAGAUACGUAUGGAAACCGCCAUAGGAAUUAGGAAUGUGGGGAGCACAGCUCGGGACUUUUGUGCCAUCGAGCGUAACUAUCUCUCGCACGCUCGCCUGGGACUUUUGCUCUCACUGUUGUCUUCUUCGAUCCUGCUUCGAUCCCGAUUAUCCUCACAAACUGACAAUUCAGUUGGUUUCACUGAGGCGGCGGUACCGCUAAGCUCGGUGUACUUUAUUGCCUCACUCUGCACCGUAAUAACGGGUUGGUAUGCUUAUGAAGAGUCAGGCAGACAAAUGAAGCAGGGUGUAGGUUUUGUGGGUGGUUUUAGAAUACACGAGAUUGUACUGAGUAGCGUGGCCUGCUUGGUGGCUGGCACGAGCCUCUACCUACUCGUCAUCCAGCGCCAUUCGGCGUGACCUCGUCACCAAAAUUAGGGUUUCAAAAUUAACAAUUCACCACCAUCAUCAACCUGGCUACUCAGUGGGCGACUUAGAUCUAAUUGCACACUUUCAUCGUCUAUGCCAGGCUUUACCAGUUUGAGGGGCUGGGUAGAUGACCUUUCCUUUGAGUCUUUCACCCUAGGUCGAGCAUCUGAUGAGACUUACGAACGACAU